UGUGUGCAGGAAGUAACUUUUUUUCACUCAUAGGAUGGAGGACACAUUACUAAAGGUGUUUGUCGUGGUCGUCAGUCUGCUCCUCUCAAAGGAUCACAAUGUCUUUCACGACCAAGAUGACGACAUCAUGGUGAGCAUGCAAGACCAUGAGCACUUUCUAUUGGAGGAGGGGGCAAAGCUAGAACAUGGGGAGCACAAUGUUGCCAUGGAGCUGCCACAUUCAAAUCAGGAAGAGUCACAAAGUCAUUGCAGGGUGCCGAGAGGAGAGGGGGACACAUCAGAUGUUCAACAAAUUACGCCAAAUGUCAAGACCACAGUGUUGCACGAGGAGCAAAUGUCCCCAGUGGGAGAGCAAAAUGACUUCCACCAAAAGGCAUUUGCACCAGAUGACCAGAAAAUAUUGGCUAUUGACACAGACAAACAGACAUUGCAUAUGUUAAAGGAAGGCCUAACACAUGAGCAUGUCAACGUGGACCAGUCAGGGCCCACUGUGGAACAGAAUGUCUCUCAGGGGGAGGCGGCACACCCGGAAAAGCCACAAGCUGGCUGGACUGAUACCCAUCACGAACAUCAAGUUGAUCAGGGAUUAUUCAUUGACCAAAAAAUACCAACUUCAAGUCAAAGGUUGACAACGAUAACUCAAGAGAAACAAUCUAGUGACCAAGAGGACACCUACAGUUGGUACCUUUGGAAGACACUCUCCUUGAUUUCAUUUUUUCGUAUUUUAAAAAAAUUCCUCAGAAAGGGUUCCAAGCUGCAAAGUAAGAUGCUGAGAUGCCUGAACAUGUCCCAAGUUUCAGAUCUUGAUUCCAAGACCUUAAUUAGCUUCCAUAACCAGUGUAUCCUGGUUCCACCUAGUCACAGUUGGCAAACUUGUGAGUUUGUAGAGGGUUUUGUGAAUGACCUGCUGGAAGCUGUGAGGACUACAGGUUCAGACAUGGAGAUUGAGGACUUUAUUGGUGUUGGGAGCUUAUACGAGCAAUGGGCUACAAGAAAAAGCAUUGUGUGCGACAUACAUGUACCCGUCAUCCCUCCAAAGCCGUAUAGCUUCGAGUUUGAGCUUUUGAAAGAAAGUAGAGGUUCUUCAACCAUCCAGUACUGUUGCAGAGUCAAGAUGGUCAAAGGCGGUGCCAGUUCAACCAUCUGCCCUUGCAGCAAUUCCAACCUAGAUGAUGACGAUACGUUGUGUCUUCUACAUCCAGAUAAAAAAGAAGAUCAUGUGACUGAAAAGUACAUUAAUGACUUUCUAUGCCAAGAAAAUAGCUCAUAUCUUGCUAAAACGCAUGUUGUGAAGUGGUUUAAGACAGCCGUUAGGAAAGCAUGGGAUGAGAUCAGCCACAAGUAUGAAUUUGACCUACUAUUCCAGAAUAGAGAAAACCCUGGAAGUCUCAAAGUUCGUUUCAGGUCAGGUCGGGUCAUUCUGUUCAAUCUCACACCUGUGGUCAGAUUUAAAGACUCUGAGGUACAUCUGAUCCCGUAUUCUUCCUCUGCCAUAUUCUCGGACACCCAUUGGCCUGUAUGUUUUACACGCUACGAAAACGCCCUUCUUCAACACAUAACCAAAACGCUUCCAUACAAUGCAUGCCAUAUUCAAUGCCUACAGAUCCUUUCCUUCCUACACAAAUACCAGACUGGCCUGACUGGACCAUGUGGGCUAACAAACUACCACUUGAAGAACGCAGUGUUACAUCUUCUGGUCAACAAAACCUUAUCUUGGGACCCUGAGCAGAUGGCUUGCAGACAUAAUGACCUGCUGACUUUUUUACAGCAGAAACUCAAAGCUAAAUCACUAAACCAUGCUCUGGUUGGGAAUCCUCUAAUUCCUAGUGAGAUUGGAUUACCAGAAGAGUUCAGAGUGGGAAAACCUGUUAACUUGUUUCUGCCCUUGUCAAAUGAAGAGAUGUACUUAAAAACAAAUAGACACUUACUGGAGAUGAUUAGAAACAUGCCAGUGCUGAUAUAUGAAUAUGGAUCAAUGAGAAACAUUUUAUAAGAAAAAAAUAAUAAAAAAAUGUUUGAGAUACUGUGCCGGAAAUGCUUAAAUGUACUUUUGCUCAGGUGUUCAUUAUUUCAUAAUGCAUCUACUCUUUUGGUGACAAAUGUAAAGAGACGAAAGAAUUUGUGAAUUCAGUUUAUCAUAUUAACUUCACAAGGUAUAACUACAUAGUUGGCACUUUUAGUCCUUAAGACAACCGUCAUCAGUAAAAGACAUCCUCCUAGUAAUCAUCAUCUGAUUCCCAGAACAACUCAGUCAUCAUGGCCAGCUAAAGAAAAUUCAGGCAUGGACUCUUCUGGUGAAAGAGGUGAUGAGGUUUCUGGGCCCAUCUUCAAAUACCAAGACUCACUGGUGAUCAUUGUCUUACCUGAUGAAAACUGAAAAACUUGGUCAGCAAGGAAAAGAAUCUGGGUAGGCCCAAGUCAAACUUAAUUUCAUUUAGGAAGUUAAUCCAUUUGUACAAACCAAAUGCAACUGGAGGAGCAAGACAUGUAGAUGCACAACAGUUGCAGACUGUGGAAUCACCAUAUAGCUCAGUCCACCUACAGCACACAAAUCUACAAUUACUACUCUCAGACUUGGGUAGAUGAAUUUAAAACUUUAAAAAGAAAACUACAAACUGUUUAAUAGAGUAU